UCUUCUUCCUUCUUCUCCUUUCCCCACCUAAUUGCUCCUCUCUCCUAAUUGCCACCUCUCCUCCGCCAAGCCUCUCGCGACCGCAGCUCCUGUCCCGUCACCAUGUUCUCCUCCUCCUCCUCCUCCGAGGAGCCGCGGAACAUCAGCGCGGCGCCUGGGGUCAACGGCUCCGAGGCAAACUUCUCCCCGGCGAGGCACGGGGAGGACCAGGAGGAGGAAGACGACGGGCACCCCUUCCUCACGGACGCCUGGCUGGUCCCCCUCUUCUUCUCCCUCAUCAUGCUGGUCGGACUGGUGGGGAACUCACUGGUUAUUUACGUCAUUUCCAAACACAGGCAGAUGAGGACGGCAACCAACUUCUACAUAGCGAACCUGGCUGCCACUGACAUCAUCUUCCUGGUGUGCUGCGUCCCCUUCACCGCCACCCUCUAUCCUCUCCCCGAAUGGAUCUUUGGCAACUUCAUGUGCAAAUUUGUUGCCUUUCUACAGCAGGUGACCGUUCAAGCCACCUGCAUCACUCUGACCGCUAUGAGCGGCGACCGCUGCUACGUCACGGUCUACCCUCUGAAAUCCCUCCGCCACCGGACCCCGAGGGUCGCCAUGGUAGUCAGCAUCUGCAUUUGGAUCGGGUCCUUCAUCCUGUCCACCCCCAUCUUGAUCUACCAGCGCAUAGAGGAGGGUUACUGGUACGGCCCGAGGCAGUACUGCAUGGAAAGAUUCCCCUCCAAGACCCACGAGAGGGCUUUCAUCCUGUAUCAGUUCAUUGCUGCCUACCUGCUGCCCGUCCUCACCAUCUCCUUCUGCUACACCCUGAUGGUGAAGAGGGUGGGGCAGCCCACCGUGGAGCCCGUGGACAACAAUUAUCAGGUCCACCUUCUGUCCGAGAGGACCAUCAGCAUCCGGAGCAAAGUCUCCAAGAUGGUGGUGGUGAUCGUCCUCCUUUUCGCCAUUUGCUGGGGUCCCAUCCAGAUCUUCAUCCUCUUCCAGUCUUUCCACCCCAACUACGAGCACAACUACGCCACGUACAAGAUAAAGACGUGGGCCAACUGCAUGUCCUACGCCAACUCCUCGGUCAACCCCAUCGUCUACGGGUUCAUGGGAGCCACCUUCCAGAAGUCCUUCCGGAAGACCUUCCCCUUUCUGUUCAAGCACAAGGUGAGAGACGGCAGCACGGCCUCCAGGACCGCCAACGCCGAGAUCAAGUUCGUCGCCGCGGUGGAAGGCGGCAACAACAACAACGACGACGCGAAUUGAAUGAGACCUUUUUUGCAAAGAGCGAGGACGAGUCUGUUGCUUCUAUCCAGAGCAGCGGGUGCAUCGGGAGAGAGAGAGAGAGAGAGAGAGAGAGAGAGAGAGAGAGCCUUUUGUUUCGUAGGUUUUGACGUUGGGAUGCCUGUCGCCGAUUGACGCUGACAACGCCGCAGGUGGAUACCAGAGGACGGGAGAGGAUUCCUGCGGUCUGCAGCUCCGGUAUCACACUCCUCGUUAUUUGGACAGCUGAUGAUAUUGUGUGAUCCAAGCCACAUGAGAAAACAGUGUUUGGGAAAAGGUCAAAGGACAAUCAGCAAAGUACACAAGCCAAACGGACACGUUCAGUUUCUUUAAUUGGCUUCGAAACCCUGGAGAUAAAUAUGUAUGAAUUCAAGAGGCCCUUUCCGCGUCGGCCAAUUCUUCAAGGAUUAGUUCGACAUUAUGGAAAAUAAAGCUUUGCCCUUUUAUGGCCCGAGAGUUUGUCACCUGGCUUUGUACAAGGAAAAACCCUGGAAAGACCGUGAAGUAACGCUCAUCGAGAAACCGAUUAAACCAAGCUCAUAAUGGGCUCAUUCCGGCACGUCCAGGUGUCGUUCACGGGAAAUCAGGUGUCACGUCGCGUCACACCGAGGGGGAGGUUGGCCCCGUUACGGCCUCCUCCCUGCCGGGAGGUCGUUAUUAACGCAUUUACAGAAAAGCUACUCUCCAGAUGAGCUGCUCUUUUCUUUUUAUCCCACACGGUGGUAAAUCUGCUAAUGCAAUUCUCAUUCGAAUUGCAGAUACUGUGGAACUAGCUGGAAUCACUUGAAUUGCAUCAUAUGGCUUUUGGAUGGCACAAUUUAUUGAAUGAAUUACAUCUAAUUUAUUACAGCGCAUUACUGCAAAAGUACACGUAUCAAUUUCCCUCUUGUUAUACGCAAACUGUCUUGAACUUCCCCAAGAAACAGCUGAGUUGGGUUUAGCCAAUAAAACUACUACACAUUGUGGUUUGGAUUUCUUGAUACGAUUUCAAACCAACGUUCACGUCUCAUUUCACACAAGGCCCCAAGCAGCUGUCUCCUGGAGAAAAAUACUGGUUUUGGUUUGACACACCCACCGACACUUACAGCCUUUGAUUAAAUGUGCUUUGACUAUGAAAAUAUGUUCAAGGAAACCUCGCAGCUUGACUUUAAUUUCAUUCAAAUGAGUUUCUCCACUGGGGAGCGAUGAGACAUCCAUCUAUAGUAGUGGUCUUAGCCUACAAAAAGCAAGGCCCCUUCCAAUUCAAAAUGGAAUAAAUGCCAUGGUUUGAGCUGCCCCGCAAAGCCAUUUACUCUGCGUGCUUAAUAUGUAAUGCAAAUGACUGAAGGUCGCGUUUUGAUGUACGUUAGUUGUUUUUAAAUUUAUUCCACACAAAGUAUUCUACAUCCAUUAGGAGUAAGGUCAAUGAUAUGUGGUUUUCUACGUCACGUUAAGUGUUCUCUUGUUACCUGCGCUUGUUCGGAUGUUGUGAUUUGAAUACAAAACGCGUCCCGGUUGUUCAGAAAUGUCUUCACUCAAGCUUCAAUCAUCCCGCAGAGUGCUGCAUGCGCUCUAAUCGUCUGAAUUAGUGCUUUUCAUUUGUACUGGAAAUUCCUCAUGAAAGUGGGUUAUUUUUAUUCCUGUCAACCAUUAAAAAAAAAAAAAAGAA